AAUAAAUAAAUAAAGGGAUAAUAUCUGCUUUAUCAGGACGUGCUUCCUGUGUGCAAUGAGGGACCGAGGCAGGCGGAGCGAACAUUAUCUUUAACUCCGGGGUAACUUAUUACUGAGUGUCAUUCUACUCAGUGUGCUCUUUUAAUACUGAUUGUGCCAAUAGCUUGAGCAAAUAGACUGGAAGUUCCUACGGUUCAUUCUUUGGGAAAAGGUCGUUCACCUCGCGCUGUAAAUGGUCCCACUAAAGAGGUGUGUUUUCUUCGGGGGCCGGAGUGUACCUCACCUCUUGGACUGGCCUUCACACAUGACUCAGGGGCAGAGUGAAUCACAGCUCGCAGCACAUCCCGAGCAGGAGGACAGGAAACCCUGGCACCGCAUUGCCACGGUGACACUGCCACUGACGGGAGCUCGGAGGAGACGUCUUGGGAUGGCAGGGCUGACAGAAGAGAUGUAGCUUCCUCCCUGCUGGGAACUGCCUGUUUCUGGCAUCUGCACACUGAAGAAACACUGGGGAAGAUGCGAUCCGUUCCAGCUGCAUAUACAAAUAUGAAGAUCUUCUGGAUAAUCCCGUUUUUCCUGCUGCAAGGCACUGAAGCUUUUCUGAUAAAAAAUGCUAAAUUCAACCUGUGUUUACAAGCCAGCCCGAUAAAUAGGAAUUUAUUGCUGGAGAACUGUAAUCCAGAGUCAGAUUUCCAGGACUGGUCUUGGCAAGGCGACUCUUUGGUGAAUCACGGCACGCAGAGCUGCCUCUCCGUGUCGGGGGCCGACAGAGUGCAGACAAGUCUCUGUGCCAGCACAGCCUACACGAGCUGGGACUGCUCCAACUCUCUGCUCUCACCUCUGGGUACCAGCCAGAGCUACCUGGUGGCAAGCAGGAAAGGAGUUGCUCUCGGUGAUGUGAGAGGCCUCAAGGCCCAGUGGCAGGAUGCUGCGGACAGGAGCGUGUGCGAGGAGAAAACCGCCAAGGCAGGGCAUCCCAGGUACUUCCCAGCUGCCCUGACCAGCCCACAGAUGCAUGAGCACACAGCAGGCAAUGCCAGCCUUCUACCAGGCAUGGACCAGCAACAGCUGGAGGAGCUGCUCUGGUUCUUCCGCAGAGAAGACCCCUCAACAUGGAAUUACUCUGUCCUCGCGCUGUCCCUCGCAACCUUCAUUUUGGGUCUUGUUCUCCUGACCAUUAACAUUGUGCGAAACAGGAAAAGGAAAAUCCUCAUGAGCAGAGAUGCAGGGCAAACCCCGCUGCAGGCUGAGCUGGAUGCCAAGAAAGCCCUGAUACCUGCGCAGGAAUACAGGCCAGAUGAGCCACAGAAACAGGAGCCAGUGCCCCAGGACCAGAGACCUGGAGACGUGGUGGUUCAGUGGAAGGAUGGGACCGUCACCUCCCUGUAUACGGAUUCGUCUGAAGAGGCCCUAUAGCAGCAGCUGAAGUCAGACCAUACAGGCCCUAAGGAAGGUAUUGGAAUAUCUCAUUUUGUAGGGAUGGAAGUUUAAAAAUGCAGUUCAGCCUGGGGAAAGAAAAAACAAAGAGAAGAAAGCAGCAGAGUUGCACCCAGAGGAGAGGCCCUGGGCUCGAGGCAACCCCUGCCUCCCCAGCUCAGCUCUUGCCUGGCUGAUGUUCCCCUGCAGGUCUUGGCUGCUUCCAGCCUUCCCUCUGGCACCAGCUUCACCCCUUCCCUCAGGUGCUGCAAACAGCUGGGAGCUGGGCCAGGGCAGGAGGUGGGAGGCUUGUCCUGCAGUCAUCCACUUCCCGUCAGGAAAACAGCCACACUGAAGCUGAGGCACUUUUGUUCCUUUCAGAAAUCAUCUUUAUUAAAAUACUUUCCAAAGAGGUUGAUCGAAAUCCCAUAUUGAAUCUCUCUCUGUCAGUAAGGUCAUAUAUAUAUAUAUAUAUAUACAUGGAUAUAUGUACAAAUAUACACGUGGAUAUUUUACUCUGCAGAGUAACUGCAACUCCAGGGAGAAGCAGAACAUUUAACCUGAUAGAGCACCUGAAACCAAACACCCAGCCCUUGGCCCUGGCUCGGGCACAGGCAGAGCCUGGUGUGCUCCAGGAUUCCCUUCAUGCCCUUCACUGGGCACAUGUAGAAGCCGUGAAAUAAUUUAUGACAUUUUUGGAAAUAUAUCACUCUUUUCAACAAAGGCUCUUCAGACCAUGUCCUCGUCAUUGAAGCGUCUCCUUGCAAAGCCUUUGGAAAGGGACACUACAGUGUAAAAAGCUGAUUAAAAAAGCAGCAGUUUUUGGUGUGACUUAGUUCGCUGUGUGGGAAUCGGUUUCAGGCCACCUGAGGCCUUUAGUCAGCUGAAACAGCAUCUGCACCUUUUUUAUUUGGAUUUGAAAGAAAAUAAAAAUUCCUCCUACUUAUUGC